AAAGAAAAUAAGAAAUAAUUCAAAGGGUUUAUCUUGGUUCGCCGACGUUUUAAUAUCAAUUAUUAAACUUUGUCUUAAGUACGUAAUCUAUUUAGUGAUACUUUUUCGAACAAAAAUGCCCUGCAUGUUCGAGAGCUGUAAAACAAACCGUCAAACGAUAAAGCAAAAUAAUCAGGAAAAAAUUCGCUUCAUAUCAUUCCCCACUACGGAUUUCGCAAAUGAUGAGAUGAGAAAACUAGCUAAAAAGCGGCUUUACUGGUGGUGUCGAGUGUGUGGAGUAGACUACACUACGACGCUCAUCAAUCAGCUUCAUAUUUGUUCACGGCACUUCUUGAAAGGAAAUUGUGCUCCGCUUUGGGACGUCCACAAUCCAGACUGGAUACCAAGUUUGUACAUUCCCCAACAAGCUCGUCAACCAGUAAAUGUAACAACGGAAGAAAAGUGCGAAGAAUUCUUACGAAACGAACAGCUUACAGAGGAAUUGAUCGCAAACCCUCUGCUUGACCAAAAGCCCGAUAGUUUCGCGCUUCGAUCGCUGUUAAUUGAUGAGAUCAUUGCAUACCCAAUCGGGCGAACAUACUUUCUGUUAGACAAUGAAAGCGAUGAAUUGAAAACCGCCCCUUACGACGCUAAGCAAUUGCCAAAAGAGCUAAAGAAAUGCCUCUCAAAAUCAACACCAAUUGGGCGCAUGGUACUGGAACCGCAUGCACCGCACUGUCCGCCGCGAAUGUUUUCUUUCAAUGACACGGUCACAGAAUUGGACCUAUCCGUACCACCCCGGUGGGAAACGGAAAAGGUCAUCAUGCGACUGCAAAACAGUAUGCUAGAGCUGAUCAAUGUGCUGAAUGAGGAAUGUUAAUCGACGAUAAACCGGUGACCAGCUUGAAAUCGAUUUAUUACUUUACUGAAAUUUUAUUUUAAAAAAUAAAAGAGAAAUGCGACAAAGCGUGU